GAUGACGAAUCACGACAACGAAACAUUCCCUUAAAACCACGAGACAAUUCGAACGAAACUGGACUGGUGAAGUGAUUAAUCAUGUCAGCCAGGGCGCUUGGUGGUCGGAAACGACGUGACGAUAUAUGGUCUCAUUUCCAUUACAACGAGAGCCAACGAAGAACAGAAUGCACUGUCUCUGUCGGAGACCAUGGAGAAAUGUGUGGCCACAAACUCGGUGGCAAAAACACCACUAAUCUAAAGCGGCACCUGAAAGUUCGUCACCCUGAUAUUUAUUCAAAGAUCCCUGAGGUCAAAACACCUAUAGAGAACAAGAACAACACGGAACAGUUACCUAUUCCAACAGCAUUCCAGCAUUUCCCCACAGUGUCCAAAUACAAGUCAGAUUCAUUUGAACAACGUGCCAAAGAAAACGCGCUGGCUCUUUGGAUUGGGCGUACCGGUCUACCUGCCAGCACAGUUGAGGAUGAAGAUUUCAUCCUAAUGAUGGAGACCAUUGAUAAGCGACUCGCCAUACCCAAGAGAUCAAAAAUAAACAACUUAGUUGACCAAAUUUAUGAGGAGGAAAAACAGAAGUACAAAGAGCGGCUUACAUUAGCCCGCAAAAUAACUCUCGGGCUGGACAUAUGGACCAAAAGUGGACUUAAAGCAUCCUUUCUAGCAAUUAGUGCUUGUUAUUUUUGCAUUGUUGAAAACAAAGCGCAACACAUAUUGUUGAGACUGGAGCAAAUUGCACAUCCACACUCUGCUGAGUGUAUAAAAACCUGUGUCGAUCGAUGCAUAGAUAUCUGGGCAAUACCAAAACACAAAAUCCUGACAGUCAUCACUGAUAAUGGAAGCAAAACAAUUGCAGCCUUCAAAGAUAAUGAAGAAAGUGAUUGUACGAGCUCUGAGGAUGAAUCUACUGACAUGAGUGACCCUGAAGGUAUUGAGGUGGCUGAAGUCUCUGGAGAAGACCAUGGGUUUGGAGCCUUAGAUAUAUGUAGCAUCCCCUGUGUUGUGCACACACUACAACUCGUGGUGAACAUGAUUCAGAAAGAGAUCAGUAUAAACCGACUUCUGAGCAAAGUUCGACAGCUUGUCAAGCUCUUUCACAAGUCGUCCGUCUGUCAAUUCUGUCAAUUCAAACUGGUCAAAGACUGCCCUACUAGAUGGUCUAGCACGUAUCUCAUGAUCUCGCGCCUUCUCCAAAUCAAAAACUCAGUUGUUCAGGUCGCGGAUGGAAUGAACUGGGACUAUCUAUCGCCAAGUGAGUGGCAGAGGCUAACUGCUCUAAAAGAUCUACUCCUUCCGUUUGCCGAGCAUACUCAAAUGCUCCAGAGCGACACACAGUCUUUAUCCUUGGUGUUACCUGCGCUCCUAGACCUCCAGGGUCACCUGUCUGAGUUUCCACACACGCAAGGAUCUAACUUCAAGGACCUAGCAUGUCUCGCGACAAAGAUGAAGGCAAACAUGGACAAUCUCUUCCGCCGCUUCCUGGAUCCCACCUACUCCACGUUUUCACCACUCUGUACUGCUGCGUGCCUCCUUGACCCGACGGUCGCACCUGAAGCACUGCUUGAAAACGAUGAUGAGCAGAUUCAAGUGCUUCUGGAAAAAGCGGAAGAUUUCAUCGCUCAGUUGGUACCACCAGUACGAGAGGUGGAAGCUGAAGAUAUCAAGCUUGAGGAGGGAGAAGACGAUUCUAAAAGCGAACCGCAGAGAAAACGGCCUAGGUUCAAAUACUUAAGAAAAUCGAAACGGCCAUCCAUGUCUAUUUUUUUAACAUCACGAGUCAGGGAGGAAAUUCAACAUUUCAAGGAUCAGUUGUCACAGGCAACCAACCAUGAGACCGGACUUGAAUUUUGGGCUACGCAAGAGGAUUCUAUUUAUCCGAGCCUAAAACCCAUCGCCUUUGAUCUUUUGGCCAUGCCAGCGUCAGUAUCAUUUGCUGAGAGAGCAUUUAGUGUAAUUGGUGAUCUCGGUGAAGUCCGUCAAACUAGAGCAAGAGCCAUUUUAGAGAGAAGCGCCUUCCUCAAGCUGAACAAAGUUCGGUAGGCUUAUUUUGCUGACACUGAAGGCCAGUGGUGAUUGUUUGUUCACAUGAAUUCAAUUUGAACUUUUUCUCACAUUGGGCCAUUUUAUAUGGUUUGUAAAUGUUUUGUUUUAAAUAAACAUCAUGCAUGCUUCCCUGUACCAGUGCACAGCUUGAAUUUUAUUUUACUGUAUUACUUUGUAUUGGAUUGUUUGGAGAAAUAAAACCACUUUUGUGAAAGUAAGUGCACUCAUCUGCCACUGUUCAUCCGAAAAGGUUGGAAACUAGGAAUGUCCCAAUCGCAUAUUUUUACACCUAAGUCAGAGUCAUCUGAUUUUGUCCUGAUCCGAUACUAGAGGUGUGCAAAAUUUUCGAUUCUUAGAUUAUUCGCGAUUCAGCCGUGGAAGAUUCGAGAACGAUUCACAAACAUCCAAAUUCCGAUUAUUGAAAUAUGCCAAGUAAAGCGGAAGUACAACACACUCAGCGCGCCGCGCGGUCUUCGGGACGGAACGGAGCGAGAGUAGCUAAACAUCAUGCUUCUCAUUACCCGGCCCCUCGGGUAAUGCCAAUGCUCAACUCACGGCUCUAGCUCAACUCAUGCCACGACAUAAAAAAACACAACAACAUACCUGACUGCUGCCAAAAAGCUGCUACAAAAGUACGUCAUCCACAUAAUGUAAUGGUAGAUAUCAUUUAUAUAGGACUAGAUGGACCAUUGAUUCGGUAGCGUGAACAGCACAUCUACAAAAAGCUAGAUGCGACCGUUAGUAAACGACCGCCAUCUUAAAGCAGUACACUUCCCUGCAAGGCUGUUGUAGCGAACCUUCCAAGCAAACCUAAUUAACUUUUUAUCUAAAAUACUCCUAAAUCGGUAAAAUAUUGACUUGAAUCUAUCUUUAAAAUAGUUUUAAAACUUUCACAUGUCGAAAGUAGACAAAAGGGAAAUUAUGGAAUAACGGGACCAAUUUUAACAACUUUAACAAUUGAUUCACAACAUUAAAUUAAUUGAAUGUAGUUUAAAGCUGCUGUUACAUAAUGGGGACUGGAGUUUUUUAUUUACUGUUAUUUUUGUAUAUUUGUUUACUGCUAUAUGUUAACUUGAUACUGAAAUAGUAGUUUAGUUUAGCCUGAGAGGAUUUUUGAACAAUUUUGGAACUAAUGUACAAAACAUUUAAUUAAAAAAAAAAAAAAGGAGGGGGGGGGUACAUCAAUAAUCGUUUUAUAACCGAAUCGGAGCCUCUGAAUCGUAAUCGAAUCGUUAGGUGCCCAAAGAUUCCCAGCUCUAUCUGAUACCCCAAAUUUUUUGGGAACAAAAGUUCUAAACAUGUUACUGUCCCACCAUGUUGCCUUCAUAAUGUGAUUUUUAAGCAAGAAAAUCGUUGAAAAUGCUUGUCUUUAUUUAAUGCUUUAGUGCAGUGGUUCUUAACCUUGCUCAAGGUACCGAACCCCAAGAGUUUCACACGUGCAUUAACCGAACCCUUAGGAAUUAGAAAAAUCUUUUUUUUUUUCCAAAUUCAUCAUCGAUAUAUCUAAGCUAUCAAGGUAAAACCCAAGGGAAUUUCCAUUGAAAGUUCUUCUCAUUUAGACAGCAUGUUUUUAAACAUGGUUUUAUCAUUAUGCCUGCAGCAUCAUCAGAGCACUCAACCAAGAGUAGCCCAAUGCACAUAUCUUAGAAUUUUUAUGUCUUAUUUAAUAAAAAAAACCCUACACAAAAUGAUCGCCAAAUUUGUACACAGUCAUUACGUUAAGAAAAAUAUUUUGAUUAGUGUUGUCAAAUUCAUCGCGUUAACGGGCGGUAAUUAAUUUUUAAAAUUAAUCACGUUAAAAUAUUUGACGCAUGCACGGAAUGACCCGCUCAUGCGUUGCCUCAAACAGUUUACAAUGACGCCGUUUUAGCACACUGCAAGGGAAAAGGCAGAGAAAUGCGAGUGGACACAGACGUUGAUUGCACCGCGCCUUUUAUUGGCUUAAGCUUUGGCAACUCUUUCACAACAAUUAUAAGUAUUGGGGCGAACGACAUGGGGAAGAAUGACAGGAGAUGAUCUUUUCCUUAACACGCUUAAUUGAACACAACGCAGAUCAUACUGUAUACCAUUUGCAGCCACCACUGACAGUCAUGGUUGCCCAACUUCCCAUUAUGCAUUUGGGCGAAACAGUUAACUCGCUACAGUAUCAUUUAGUGAAAGCACAACAAUAUUAAUAUUCAUAUCUCUCACAGGAGACGAUCUUUUUCUUAACACGCUUAAUUGAACACAACGCAGAACAUACUGUAUACCGUUUGCAGCCACCACUGAUAGUCAUGGUUGCCCAACUUCCCAUCAUGCAUUUGGGCGGAAGAGUUAAGUCGCAACAGUAUCAUUUAGUGAAAGCACAACAGAAAUAAUAUUCCUAUCUCAAAAAAAAAAAAAAAAAUUCACAAAAAGAAAAGUGCUCAAUUCAAAGUGAACUGGCAUUCCCAAUCAAAAUAGCUAUGCAAAAUACACAUAAAACUUACUCAGACUUUGCCUUGGCUAGAUCUCUAAUUAAUUUAAAACUCGCCAUUGACACCUUGUGGUGUAUUGCAAUCACUGCCUUACGUAGUUAAAGACACUGUGGAAGAACGGCAGGGAGCCCAUGUGUAAUAUAAAAUUACUAUAACUUGGACUAACAUUUAUCUUUUAAGAACUACAAGUCUUUCUAUCCGUAGAUCCCUUUAACAGAAAGAAUGUUAAUAAUGUUAAUGCCAUCUUGUGGAUUUAUUGUUAUGAUAAACAAAUACAGUAAUUAUGUACAGUAUUUUGAAUGUUUAUGUCCGUCGUGUGUCUUAUCUUUCCAUUCCAACAAUAAUUUACAGAAAAAUAUGGCAUAUUUUAGAGAUGGUUUGAAUCGUAAUUAAUUACGAUUAAUUCAUUUAUAAGCUGUGAUUAACUCGAUUACAAAUGUUAAUCAUUUGACAGCCCUAAUUUUGAUUUGCUUUUCACAUUGGAGAUUUAAACUCGAUUAAUUUCACACUUUCUUCAUGUCGACAUUCUCAUUCUAGCGCAUCCUUGCCUUACAAUACUAUUUUCAUGGUGCAAAAUGUGAAGCAAAUGUUUUUGUUUUUUAUAUGUAAACGCAGUGCACGUUACCUGUAGGUCAGGGGUGCCCAAUCCUGGUCCUCGAG